AUUGCUUGGAACAAACUCUAUCAUCAUUUGUUAUGCAUCUCUCUGACAAAUUCAACCUAAGACACUGUACUACUGUAGCACUUGCAUUAUAUUAUUCAUCCUUCUGAGUUAUUAUGUAACUUACUUACCUACUUACCAAAGUAGAAACGUCAACAUUGUAGCUAGUAGCUCACACUAUGCAUAUAUAUAUAUAUAUAUAGUUCCAUUGCAUUUGCAUGAAGCAACUACUAUCAUCACUCUAUUGGUAGGUGUUGUUAGCAUAUAAUCAUCAACGAUGGGAAGAGCUCCAUGCUGUGAGAAAGUGGGGUUGAAGAGAGGAAGAUGGACAGCUGAAGAAGAUAGGAUAUUGACUCAAUACAUAGAAGAACAUGGGGAGGGUUCAUGGAGGUCGUUGCCCAAGAAUGCUGGACUCUUAAGGUGUGGUAAGAGUUGCAGACUCAGAUGGAUAAACUACCUCAGAUCAGAUGUCAAGAGAGGCAACAUCACUCCCCAAGAGGAAGAGAUCAUUGUCAAGUUGCAUGCUGUUCUUGGUAAUAGGUGGUCAGUGAUAGCAGGGCAUUUACCAGGAAGAACAGACAAUGAGAUAAAGAACUAUUGGAACUCUCAUCUCAGGAGGAAAAUUUAUUGCUUCAUGAAAUCUUUGAAUGAUUAUUCCUCCUUCCCUCCCACCAUUGACAUUGCUGCAUUAAAAGCUUCCAAGAGAAGAGCACCUACUCGAUCUACUGCACCUAAUAAGAACUUAGAAUUAAGGGACACAAAAGAGGUGAUAAUGCUUCAACAAGUACAACAAAGCAUUCAAAAGAAUAAUGGUGAUCAUGAUGAUCAUGAAGCUUUUAAUGAUGAGGAGUUGGGAGCAUAUGAAUGGUUAGAUGAUGAAAUUAUGAAACUUAGUUACAUGUUUGAGGGUGGUAUGCUUGUAAACUAUGGUGAUAAUAAUAAUGAAAAUGAUGAAGAGGAGAACAAGAGUGUUAGUGAUUGGAACACUACUAGUGCUACUACACCUCCAAGUUCUUCUUCUUGUUCUUCUUCUUCUGUGAGUUCUGUGUAUGAUUGGCAUCAUCAUCAUCAUCAUGAUAUCCAUUUGGCAAGUGGCAGUGUUCAAUCCUAUAAUAAUAAUCAAUGGGACCUUUUUGAACAAGAUCAGAUCCCUACUACCUUAUGGGGUAGGUAAAAAUUGUAUUUACCUAAACAUUACUUUCAUGGUCAUUCAUGUAAUCAUUUUGUCGUCAAGAAGUCAAUAAAGGUGUAUUAUGUAUGCAUGCAUGUAUUAGUGUGUUAUAUAUGUUCCACAAAUGAUGUUAAGGUUUCUUGUUUAGAAAGCUGUUAUAAUAUGAGACAUAAUUAAGGGGUGUUUUCUAUUGUCUUUUAUUUUGUG